AUGCAUCUACGGUUAAAUAUACUCUAUUCAUUUAAAGAACCAUACACUGAAGGGAUCUAUGUUCAGAUCUAUCUGAUUUUCAUUUCUUAUCUAAGACUACAACUGAUUUUCAUUUAUGAUCUGUCCGUCUUUUUCUAUCUAUCUAUCUAUCUAUCUAUCUAUCUAUCUAUCUAUCUAUCUAUCUAUCUAUCUAUCUCAGCCUACACACACACACACACACACACACACAGACAUAUUUAUAUAUAUAUAUAUAUAAUAAAAAUACUACAUCGAUCAAAUAUAUCCCUUACCGGGACAUAUCAUAUAUAUAUAUAUGUAAAUAUAAUAUCUAUCUAUCUAUCUAUCUAUCUAUCUAUCUAUCUAUCUAUGUCUCAUUCUCAAAACGUGCUUCUCUGUUUACAUAUAUAUGACUGUUCCUAUCUAUCUAUCUAUCUAUCUAUCUAUCUAUCUAUCUAUCUAUCUAUCUAUCUAUCUAUGUCUCAUUCUCAAAACGUGCUUCUCUGUUUACAUAUAUAUGACUGUUCCUAUCUAUCUAUCUAUCUAUCUAUCUAUCUAUCUAUCUAUCUAUGUCUCAUUCUGUUAAUAUCUAUUCUAAUUAUACCGACCUAUCUAUGGUGCAAUUACAUAUCUGUUCAUCUCUAG